AUGGAGCGCAAGCUUUCCAAAUCACAGACUCUCCAAACCGAUAUUGAACAGUCCGUCGACGCAAUUAAGGACGGAAAUGUCGAGGUUCUGGCUCUACGUCUAAGUGGCCAGCUGCUUCUCGGCGUGGUUCGAAUUUACAGUCGGAAGGCCAAGUACCUAUUGGACGAUUGUAACGACGCGUUGUUGAAGAUUAAGAUGGCCAGUACCAUCGACAUCAACCUUCUGCUUCCCGAUGACAACUGGGAUAUGGACAUCGUAGACCGUCCCCUCCGUGAACAAGGCCAGCACCAAGCUCAAAUUGAGGAUAUCACACUUCCUCAAGGCAACAACCUCGACCAGUUCGGAGCGAUAGACCCGUUCGACAUCGGCCCUACUGACGGAAUCGGCUCCCAAGACUUCUUGGACAUUGACCUUGGAAUUGACUGGGAUGAAGCGCCGCAAAAGGCCAGCGAGGAUGGAAUGAGUGUCGACGACCUGAGCGUUGGCGUAGGACGAGAUGCUGCAAGCGUGCAUAGUCUCAGAGAUUUCCCCCAUCUCAAUGGCGUCAACAAGAGCAUCGAUCUGCAGUCUAUUCGUAGCUUCAGCCGGGACCCUUCAGAACAACCGUUCCAGCCUACCAUGGACAUGGACUUCCCUGACUUUGGUGGCAUGGACUUGGGGGACUUGGGCAUUGGAUUUGACCAGCCUGCUGAAGAGCCUGUCAUCGAACCUCUGCAUGACGAUAAGGCGCCCUCGAGUCGAUCUUUGUCCCCGCUAACCGAAAUCCCAGACACUCCUGUUGCUGAGGAGAUUCCGUUGCCCGAGGUUCCUGAAGAGCCCAUUAAACCUGCCAAGAAGCCCAGGGAGAAGAAACAGAUCAUCGACUCGGUUACUGAAAUGUAUGAUGGGCCUGGCGCCUCGUCCUCUCAAGCUAACCGCGACGGGCCCAUGAAAGACGUCAGUAAUAUCAUAACAGAGCAACGCUACCUCCCGCGUUCAUCUCUUGCUUUGAGACUGCAAGAAAUCAGAGAAGAUCCAUUGGCCCACUUCUUGCCCACAAAGACGGUGGACAAUCAUCUCUUCUUCUCGGCUGGCCCUCCAGGACUCACAUCGGAGCUCACCGAACUUUUCCUGCGCCCUAUGGAGCCAAUAGCCACUAAACGCCGGUAUGCGUCUGUCACGGAAGAUGGUAGCAAGCGCAUCAGGUUGGACGAGGAUGAAGUCGAAGCCGGACGUCGAGCAAUGAGCAUUGCAUCCAGCGUGGCAGGAAUGAGCGACAAGUUGGGGGAGGAACACAACGUCACUGGGGACUUCGACUUCGCGGACCAAACUGCAGCUCUGGAUGAGUAUCAAUUAGAACUUCCCAACGAAGACGGCAAUGUCGAUAUCACCUUGGGGGCGAGGGAACGCUCUGUUUCCCUGGCUCCGAGUGCUAGAAGUCGACUGUCUACCCCUGGGGCUGAGGGGUGGAUGGAGGGUGAGGAGAGCUAUGCAGACAUGAGUUGCCCGAUUGCUAUGUUCGACAGUCGCCAACCCGCCACUCAAACUCAGACGCAAGAGGAAUCUGAAGUCGUUGAAACUCAGGAAGUAGUCGCUGAAGAGAAGGGCUACAGCAAGAAUACUGUCAAAGCUCUCUCGUUUAUUCGAAAGGAGCUUCAACCGACUCUCGACGACGGUGCACAGGAUUCUAGUAUGAGCUUCAACGCAAUGGCUACUAAGGUGAGUCAAUCAAACAAUUGA